AUGAUUCAGGACUUCAAGUACCUGAAGAACUUCAGUAACGUCGACCUCUCCAAGCUUUUUGAGCUACAGGCCAACUCACGACCCAGAAACACCGGCCUGCCCAUUCACGCGAAGCAGUGCAACACAGACAUUGGCAGGAGUUUCUUCCGUGACGGCGGAGACCUGAGCGAGGACAGCAACCCGGGCAGCAGCGAGAACAGCAACAGCGAGGACCAGGCGAGGCUGCACCUGAAGAGAAAGCUACAGCGGAACAGGACCUCCUUUACGAACGACCAGAUAGACAGUCUUGAGAAAGAGUUCGAGCGGACGCAUUACCCCGACGUGUUCGCGCGGGAGAGACUCGCGGCCAAGAUCAACCUUCCCGAGGCCAGAAUACAGGUGUGGUUCAGCAACAGGCGGGCCAAGUGGCGGCGGGAGGAGAAGCUUCGCAACCAGAGGCGCACAGCGGAGGGAAUGGCGCCGUCCUCCCCCACACGGAUCAUCAACAACUCCUUCGCGCCCACGCCCAUGUACACGCCCCUCCCGCCUCCGCCCAUGUCCGUCGCGGAGUCCUAUGGGACCAUGGGCGGCGGCGGGGGUGGUUUCGGCAUGACAUCCUCGGUCUGCCCAGUCGCCUCAAGCCCGAACUGCCUCCCAGCCCAGCAGCCCCCGUCCCUCGGCCACUCGGGGAGCCCAGCGGGGGGGAUGGGGCUCACCAGAGACAACCCGCACGCCCACAACCACUACAUGACGCGCCCAUCCUAUGAGUCGCUCUAUACGCACGCCCGCGCCUCCCCGACCUGCCCGCCCAUGCUGUACCACCAUCACCACCACCACCACCAGUCCCCGCACGCCCAUGAGUACAACACGCCCACACCUCCGAAUUCACAGGCGGGUCUCCUCUCCCCCGGUGUGUCUGUCCCUGUGGCUGUACCGGGGCAACACCACGACAUGAACUCACAGUACUGGACACGCCUGCAGUAACCUCCAUCAACACCACCCUGCAACACCACCAGACUUGCAACACCACCAGGACUUAGCAGCACUGGAUUGGACGUCUCAACACCACCAGUCUUCAACACCACCACCACCUUGCAACUCCACCACCAGCAACCUUCAACACCACCUGACUUGCAACAUCACCAAGACUUAACAGCACUGGAUUGGACGUUUCAACACCUCCAGUCUUCAACACCAUUCUUCAACUCCACCACCAGACUGCAACACCGCAAGGACCUAUGUUACUGGACCCGAAUGAAGUUGUUUUGCGAGACUUUUCAACACCAGCCUGCACCACCACCUCCAGUCUCAACUCCAUCGCCAGACUGCAACACCAAUAUCAGUCUUCAACACCACUAUCAUCACCACAAGCCUGCAACACCUCAAGAUCUGGAAUGGACGCGAAUUUAGUUGUUUACGAGACCUCUCAACACCACCACCACCACCACCACCACCACCACCACUUUUGUCAUCACCACUACAAGGAUUCAACACCAAUUUCAUCACCAUCUUUGUUCCUCUCCAGUACCCACCACCACCACCACCACUAACACCAUCGCUAUUAGUCUUUGCCACCCUCAACACCAUUUCAAUACCAAUGUCAUCACCACCACCACCACCACCAUUCUGUACAACAUUCCACCAGUACCAGUGUGUGUGUGUGUGUGUGUGUGUGUGUGUGUGUGUGUGUGUGUGUGUGUGUGUGUGUGUGUGUGUGUGAACCCGCCUCUCCUC